CUUGCGGGUGUGGCAAGUGUCAAAAAAGAAUUAAAUUUUUAACUCAAGGAAACCCUUCCGUCGGCGUCGUAGAUGGCGACAGUGACGGGAUUGUGGUUUGAAGUGCAUGCUGACAAGUUUUGUUACCGCGGUUGCAACGCACCAUGGAGGCAGGAAGGAGGGAAGAAGAUGAUGAUGACGAGCGAAAGCUGCCCCCGGGAAGAAAGGAUGCUCAGGGGGCUUCCCCAUCUCUCCAACCCUCUGAAGGACAGUAUGUUGGCACGUGGACCAUGGAGGAGAAGAAGUAUGUGGAGGCACUGAUUGCCGAGUUUCGUGCAGGCAACAUCCUAAAUCUACCGGAGAAGUCCACCUUGAGAGCCUUCAUUGCCAAUAAGCUCGGGUGCUCUGAAAAGCGGAUCACCAAAAAGUAUGAACGAACGGGGUACAAUGGCCGUCUCCUGUACACGCACAGACCUGAUGACUUUACUCCGGAAGAGUCACAGAGAAGACUCGAAAGACUGGAGGAGCUGGAGGUCGAGUUCCAACAGAGCCGAGCACGUCUACUUGCCAUGAACCCUCCCAACUAUCAUCGUGCCAAGAGAAAGUCGCAAGACCGAGCGGUGUCCCCCCUUCGCCAGAGCCCCGCUCCGCAGCAGUCUUAUGCUACCGGAACGACGGCUCAGACUCACCAGGGCGUCGUCUCUUCGAGCAGUGUCGCAAACAUUCAACAACGCAUUGCUGCUUCUCUCAUUGGUGGCGGAGAUAGUGCUCAGCAGGUUGCCAUGGGCUCGUCCUAUGCUGCUGCUCGAGCCCCGCAGGGAUUGGAUGAUACGUUUUCGCCAGCUCUUGCCGUGGCUGGGACCAAUCCAAGUCGAGUAACGCAUCCAAACUUUGCUCAGGGUCAACACCAGAAUCUCGCUUCAUCAGUAUAUGGCAAUGCCCUACUUCACAGCCUCCUGACGCAACCCGGUAGUAGCACGGCUCAGGCACCACACCUUCAACCACAGGGCCCGCUACCGGUACAUCAGCCACUCAACAGAGCAGGUCGUUUUGGGAAUCCGACGCUGGAAUUAUUUGCCAGAGGUAUUCUACCGCCUGACAAUCCACUGCAGCUUGCUAUGAAUAAUCCAAAUGCUGGUGGCUACACCGCGAGAAGAAGUCAGGCAUUGCAGCAAGCCCAAGGAGGCAUGGUGAGAUACAAUCACGAGAAUAGUGCUACGGCCACAAAUAAUAUUCUCCGCGCUGCCCAGCUCAAUGCUCUUCUCAGGACGAAUGGGCCCCCACCAGUUGGCUCGGCAGCUGUCGACGCACCAAUUGGCUUUGCGCGUGCAUUGGCUUCGUUAAGCGAUGCUACCCUAACGCAGGAAUUGGACAAUAGAGCAAGGAUAGCUCGUGCCACAGGGCAACAUCCGUCCUUGUCCGUGGCAUCAAUUUCUUCAAGCUAUGCUCAGCCACCGGCAAGGCGGGAACCUGAGAGACAAUCCAAUCUGAAUCGACAGCAUGAUGACGCAGAAGAAGGAAAACACGAUUCCUCAUUCGAGCGUCCUACAAAGCGCUCACGAGGCCCCCCAUGAAUUCUCCCUCUUGUCAUGUCAAUAGCUAGCGGAUUGCUGCCUCGUAAUUGUGUCGGGGGCACCAAACUGCUGAUCAAGAGAGGAUCAUGCUCUCCAUCAGAUCUGAUUCGACAGUUGAUCAGGUUCGUGAACCAAUGAGUGGACACUGAUAUUAUUUGUGCUCCUCCGCCGCUGGCGGAAGAAGAGAGUUAUGCUUCAUUGGAUAUGUCAGUGGACGUAAAAAGGGAGAUGACAUUGUGGUUGCACUGAUGGCGGGUUGUUUGCCAGUCUCUCAUCUCUCGCUCUGGCCAAUGCUGUGAGAGUGGAAAGCAAGGGACCAUCAAUGCAUCAAUGGAACCUUUAGAGCUAGCUAGCUAAUAAGAAACGCAGUUUUGUAGGGAUACUUCUCUGAUCACACUCGCCCACUUCGACGGAUACGAGAUACGAGAAUUGAGGCUGCUGCACAUUAUUCUCCCCUACUCCCCUUCUACUCUUCGCUGGUGG